GUAUUUCCAAAUUUAUAGCUGCUUGUUUUUCCAACAAAAAGGGCAGCUUGGAUUUGGAAUUGAAAGUUUGAAUCAGACAUAUCUAUCCUUUCUGUGAAUCCAACAAAUUCCCAUUCGUAUGUAUAAGUUCCCAAAAUCAGACAUAUCAAUUUCUCGAAUUUGAUUUGGAGCCAACCCAUCACAUUUUCAGGUACCCAUUUCCCAGAUCUUCAUCGAUCAAUUAAUCUCCUUUUCGUUUCCCAAUUUGCUCGCUCUCAAAUCCUGGAUCUUGCCGAAGCUUUUUCAGUUCCGUUAUUUUGCUUUCCAGAGUAAGACGAAGUAGUUAAGCAGGUUUGUCCUUGGGUGUGGCAUAAGCACUUUUAGCGUUGCAGAAUAAAACCCAAUUCUCAAAAUUCCAUCUUUUCAUUUGGGUCUGUCUUGAAAAUUGAACCUGGUUAACCAAUGAAUGUGAUGAUGCUGGUUUUGUAGCAGGAAAUUGAGGUUGGUUUGUACAAUUGUUGUUUUACUUUUUGGAAGAUAUGAGUAGGUCUCCUUCGUUUUCAGUGAAAACAGAAGUGAGUCCGAGUGUUGAUUCAGAAUCAUUGCAACGAUGGGUUGUUGCUUUUUGUGCUAUAAGGUUUGAUCUUGAACAGGGCCAGCUUGUGGAAGAGUGUUAUCCCCAGGGUUGUCUUUCCCAUGAUGAGGAGCUUGAGAUUGCUUAUAGUUCCUUUCCUGAUUCGGUUUCACAGCACCAGAACCGCACCAGCAUUCAUGAUUGCAUAUUUUUUUUCCGAAUUCGCAGGCUCCUUAAGAAAUCCUUAGAUGAGAAGGGUGUUGCUGAUGGUAGCAAUGGUUUUAAAUUCUUGUAUGGUUAUGUGUUUAAUAGGCAGAGACACGACGAGCGGUUAAAGCGAGGUGGUGAGCAGAAGUCUGUGGUCAUUUUGUCUUACAGUCCUUAUGCAAGUGUGUUUAGACCUUUGUUGCAAAUUGUAGGUCCUUUGUUUUUUGACAUUGGUAAGAAAGCAUUGGAGCAUAUUGCUGCUUAUGUUUCAAAAUGGCCUGCUCCUGUUCCUGGUAAGGUAAUGGAUCUUCCUAUUGGAAAUGCAACCCUUAAAGUGAAUUUGCCACCUGCUCACAGUUUGCCGUUAGAAGGUGGAGUGCCUUUUAAAGAGGGUGCUUCUCCUGUGGUGCCUUUUGUUCCUAAUAAUCAGUCUGUUCCACAUGGUCUUUUUCAUGAUUCGGAUCUUUUUGGUUCGUUCAGAGGGAUUUUAUUGCAGCUUUGGCUUUUGUGGGAGUUGUUACUCAUUGGUGAGCCAAUUCUCAUAAUUGCCCCCACACCUCCCCAAUGUUGUGAGGCUGUAGCUAGUCUUGUGAGUUUGGUUGCUCCAUUACUUUGCAGUGUUGAUUUCCGGCCUUAUUUUACGAUUCAUGACCCUGUGUUUGCACGCUUAAACUCAAUCCAAGAAGGUGAAGCUUUCCCCCCAAUGAUUUUGGGGGUGACAAACAUUUUCUUCCUCAAAGCUCUGCGUAGAAUCCCACACAUCGUCUCAGUUGGAAGUCCCCCUCCUAAUUCAAACAGGGUUUCCCUUUCAACUAGGUCUUCUACUGGGAGACUCUCUGGCAGAUCAGAAGGUCUUGGGAAGUUCUCUCCUUCAAAUUUAUUGAGUGCGGUUCGGCUGCGGAGAGAUGGUCCUCUUUGUCUCAUGACAGAACAUAAGGAAGCCAUU